AUGUUAUUCGCGCAGUACUUGGGCAUUCCCUACGCCGAACCUCCCAUCCGUUUCCGGCGACCUGAGCCUAAAACUCCGUGGACGGGGGAGUACAACGGGACGUACUACCGUCCGGCAUGCUACCAUCACGGCGACCCGGCUAGGGUGGGCACAUUUGAAGUGAAGACUGUGAUGAUGUCCGAGGAUUGCCUAACGCUCGAUAUAUACGCGCCACACAGCACUAUCGUUAACCAGUCGUCACUUCCGGUGCUCGUUUUCUUAUACAGUUCCCCAGGAUAUCCCAGUGUAUUCGCUGCCGAUGUUCUGUGCACGGUAGGAGACGUCGUGGUCGUUGUGAUCAACUUCCGUCAAGGGAUGCUGGGUUUCUUCAGUCUCGGUAGCGAAGCGGCGCCCGGGAACUACGGUUUGUUUGACCAGCAGAUGGCAUUACAGUGGAUUGCAGAGUACAUUCAUAGUUUUGGCGGGGACCCCAAAAAGGUGACGCUAGUCGGUCAUUCUUUUGGAGCCUCGAACGCGAUCUACCACACGCUGUAUCCGGGAAACAGAGGCCUCAUCCACCGUGUGGUCGCAAUGAGCGGCACAGCACUGCCACCUACGGGUGGUAAAUCUUUGGUACGGAAUUCUAUUGAAACGGAUGUGCUUGAGUAG